AAAUUCACCUGUGCUGAUUCAUGUGGGCUUAGUACAACGGCAGUUUUGUGCGAGUGGCCUCAGGCAGCUCAGGCAAUCCCUGACUGGUUGUUCAUUUAGCCUAUCAGCACAAAAGAAUCAAUAGAAUCAAAAGUCAGUCAUUUAUGACAGUUUAAGGGAUGUAGAUAACUUAAGCUGAAAACUCAUUUACAAACCAUCACUCAGUAUCCAACAAUUAGGUUAUCAGUAUUAUCAGAAAAUCGCGAGCAUCAUUGUAGCUGUUUAUGUGCUCCUUGAAAUUGGGCUGGGGAGGGAUUCAGCUGCAGUUUGUAUUUUGUGCCUGAGAUUAUUGUUGCAUGUAUUCCUUACAGAGCCGUCCCUCCCAUUUCUCUCAUCAGUGAGUAAAAGCCUGUCUUGGCAGACAUGCUAUAUGCUAGAGACAAAGACAGAGGAUCAUCUGUUUCACAGGUAAGUGGUUGUUUGCAUUGUUUUCCUGUGUUGUGCGGUAUAGAUACCUGCUACUAAGACUGCCACAAAAAAAAAUAUUUAGCUCUAGUUUUUAGUUAGCAAAGUUUAAAAGACCUAGUUUGAAUUAUUUUGCUAUGUCUAAACAAGCCAUUGGAGAUUACGUCAUAAUGUAAUUUGUAAAAUCAUCCUAAAAUGUAGAAGCUAAGUAAAGUCUUUCAAGCGUUGUAGUCAUUUUUCUUUUAAAUUAAAAACCCUACCUGUUCAGAUAUUUUAUACUUAACUGAAUAUUAUUUAGGCAACCUAUCCUUUUUCUAAAGAUUUGCUGCAAUUCACAAACUGUUUCAUAAACAGAGAAACCCUGAACACCAAAGAAUGUAUUAUUUGUUUAAAAAAAACUCAAGUAAACUCAAUAACUGAUAAAUUGUUUAGUUUGUACUGAAAUUGUUGUGUUUGCACUGACACUGUAGGGAUAUUGCUGUCUCUUUUUGACACCUGCAAUUCAUAACUCUUGCAACUUGAAUUUUGAAGCGCUUUUCAAAUAAAGGUCUAAUUGAAAUAGACUUUAUAACCCUUUCUUUCCCCACACAUCAUCACUCUGACAUCAAUGCUGUGUUGUCCCUAAGGUGUUCAUUACAUCCUUUUAUAGGCAGCUUGAACAGCUGUUCCCUGUACACACCACUGUGUUCAGAGAUUUAUUACAUGUUAUCCAUGUAUGUUCUGCUUUGUGGUUUCGGCAUUUACUGUCAUGAAUAAUUCAGAAGACUAAAAUUAAAAUGAAUUGUAAUUGUUGCCAUUUGUGUUCACUUGUGGUAACAAUAAAUAAAGUGCUAAUACUCGUGCAGAAUUUCAAUUAUCUGGUACAUACACAUACUUAGUAAAGAUUAAAUUAACAUCACUUUAUAACAAUAAAAUAUAAAUGUAUGAGUUGUGCAUCAACCAGUCUCUAUAAGCAGAUUGUGAGUGUAAACAUUGGCUCUAUUUUGACUACAUUUCUGGUGUCUAAAGUACUGUGCCUUGCAUUCGUCAUCAGAGUAGUCUAGACUUUCUAUGUUUCUCUGAAUGUUGUUAUAAAAAAUGGAAAAGGCAUAAAAUUGUAGCAUUUAUGUAAAACAUACAUCAUCCAUUUGUAAGUCAAUAUAUCAGUUCAAUGAAAUUACAUCCAAUGCAAAUCUGCACUUACAUGCAGCAUACAAUGUGGUCAAAGAGCUCAUUGAUGGCUACUGCAGUGUCUAGUCGAGCCAUAAACGAGCACAGAUAAAGCAUUCUUGGCCAUGAAAUAUUGAACCACUUACCUUAAUAACCAAUGGCUACUCCAGAUGAAUUAUCUGUUGCUAUAAGAGGCUAAAUCAGUGAAACAGGCUGCUUUAAAAUGACUUCUGCAUAAAAUUGAUCAAAACGUCUUCUAUAUCUGUGUGAUAUUUCAGGUUUGAGUAGACCAUGGACAACAGAAGCUUGGGAUUGCUUGAAGAUGUCAACGCUACACUCCAGGAUGGACUUCACUCCUGUAAUACACUGAGAAACCAGGCCUCCCGAAUUUUCCUGUAUGCCUUCCUCUCUGUUGGCAUCAUCUGCACUGUAGUGGGAAACUUCCUGGUGGUCUUGUCCAUUGCCUACUUCAAGCAGUUGCAGUCGCCCACCAACUCUUUCGUCAUGUCUCUUGCUGUGGCUGACUGCCUUGUUGGACUAAUAGUGAUGCCAUAUAGUAUGAUUCGGACCGUGGAGGGAUGCUGGUUCUUUGGCAUGGUUUUUUGUCGGCUUCAUUCGAGCUUGGAUGUCAUGCUCUGCACCGCCUCCAUAUUUCAUCUCAGCUGCAUUGCCUUUGACCGAUACUACGCUGUCUGCAACCCGCUUGUGUACUCUUUAAAGAUGUCCCAGAGUCGAGUAGCUCUCCUUAUUGUUGUGUGUUGGGCUGUUCCCAUGCUUAUUUCCUUUGGCCCUAUAAUGCUAAAUCUCCAUAUUGCUGGUGUUAACAUCCUGCUCCCUGAAGAUGUAUGUGUGUUUUUGGUUAACCGUAUUUACGCUGUCAUGGCUUCCUUGGUAGCCUUCUACUUGCCAAUGGCUACCAUGCUAGUAGCCUACUGGAAGAUCUUCAAAGCUGCCAAAAGGCAGGCCAUGCAGAUCAGUGCCAUGGAGAGUCAGAUGGCUGCUGGAGUGGGCAAAGACUCAAGCAAGAAACAAAGGCACCGUAACGCUAUGAGGAGGGAAAAGAAGGCAGCUAAAACUUUGGGUAUCAUCAUGGGAGUUUUCCUCCUCUUUUGGAUGCCCUUCUUUACUGUCAACAUUGUAGAUCCCUUCAUUGACUACAGUACAGAGGUGGUCAUCUGGGACAUAUUCUUGUGGCUUGGAUAUAUCAACUCAUCUCUUAAUCCCUUCCUGUAUGGCUUCUUCAAUCGUUCCUUCCGUAGGGCGUUUCUCAUGUUUAUAGGUUGCAGGGUCUGCCUGCACAGGUCCUCUCCCGGGAUGGAGCUGUCGCACACUAAGAAAGAGGCAAAUGAUAGAGAAGAUAAGCGCUAAACUAAGAAUUGGAUUUGUGCUUUUGAGUAGGCACAGGAUUGCUAUGGGGUGGUAAGAGCCAUAUACUGUAUAUAAACCUACUUUCAUUCCUUGGCUUUUAACCCAGCAUGAAUGGAUUGGAUAUCUGUGUGUAACAGGACAGGACUUAAAAAAUGAAUGAGGUGGUCUGGACUUUCAAGGAAACUUCCCCAGUGAAGCAAGUUUGACAGUGAUUUGUUUGACAUAAAGUCACUGGCUCAUGCAUAUAAGUCUCAUGUGUAUUUACGUUAUUCGAAAGUAGUUUCAUGGAUCUUUUUCUAAUAACACUAAAGUAUCCAAGGGGAUGUCAGAGCAAGUCUGUCCAGGAAAUUUCAGCAUCUGGAAGAAAAAGUUUCAAGUGUUAAAGGGGACCAACCACCGCCAACUAUUUGAUGUGAGACUCAAACAAGAAGUGGGAGGUUUGGAAGGACUGAAGAAGCCAUUUCAAGGGUGAAUUUGGUGCUCCAGAGGAUUAAACUCAGGUACAGAUCUCAUGUUUACCUUUGAUUCUGCUCAUCUUUAUGACUUUGACUCAGUGGACCAUAUCAAACUUGACAGUUAUGAUUUACACACGACCUGAUCUGGCUGUAUCAACCAGCUGUUUUCAAGGGCAUAUCUAACCCUCAUUAGUAAAACUGAAAGUCUGACAGGUUUUUUGACUCUUCCAUUGGGCAGUAAAAUGACUGAGGAGGAGUUGCCAGAUGUAAGAUGCCAAACUCGAGGCAAACUAUGCAGUAUAUAUAGUCUGUAUUGGUUUGUGUCAGUAUGUACACUAACAAUCUUUCAAUUAUUUGAGGAGGAAUGCACCAACUCUGAUUUCAUUUUAGAAAUGCUUGUUAAAGUAGCUCAUUUGUCACUCAUAUGACCCCUUAAGCAGAUGAAUGAUUAACUCUUUGUGUUGUUUCUUGGAUCCAUUCAUGUUUGUUAGUAUCUAAAAACUUCUUUAUCCCCACAUAUACAUGGCUUAAAACUUUGGUUUUUCCCUCAAAUUUGAUUAAUAGUGAUAGAUCUGUCUACAUAACCCCAGGCUAUCUUAUAACAAGCUGAGGAUUGUGUGUCCAUGGUACCGUUCCAAUCAUUUUUUUCUGUACAAAACAAAACAAAAAGAUUCAGUUUGGUUGAGCAUUGCUCUCCAGUUUGCUAUAAGAUUUGAGAACGUACGAGAGGAACCUUGAAACUCUGUAUACUGUAUUUUCUUAUGUUGCUUCACUCUUGAACCUCUUGUACACUCCUUAGAGUAAUUAUAGAGAUAUCCACUGCCCACAGCUCUGAGCAAACUUGUCUUUAUCAAGAUAUUCAAGAUCUGGACAUUAAUCUGCAGUCUCUUCAUAAACUCCAAGAUAUGGAUAGAUGUGAUCAAGAAGGUAACAAUUAAACACAAUUAGGAGUUUAAGGAUGAGGCUGUGUCUUUGGAUGUUUUUAAAUUUCUGAAAGUGAAAACGUUGAAGAAUUUGAUGGCUUCAGUUUCUCAAAAGCUGAGUAAAUGGUCAGUUUUCUUCUUCAUAGAGCAACCUGGAAGAAAUAUGAAGAAAUGUCUCAAAGUGUUAUUUUUCAGGCCUUAAAGGGGGCAUUUGAACCAGGACAACAAGCUACUCUCUCUUUUUCUUUUAUUCUUUCUUUUCCUGUUCUGGACAUGGUCACAAAAUGAAUUUCAAUCAUUUAUUUUUAGCUUGUUUUAACCUUGAUAGGAAAGAUAGGAAAGUACCAGUAUAACAAUAAUACAUACAUACUUAAUUUGUGUUUGCCUCUUUCUUUGAAUGCAAGUUUUCUCUUCUUGCUACUGAAUGCAUGUAUUCAUUUGUUUCCAUUUAGGGAGUGUGUCGGGUACAAUACCUGAAUCAGUGGUGACAUCUGCUGGACAGUUUUUGGCUACAAAUCCAAUUUCAGUUUUGCUGCCUGUGAUUAAACUUAGUUAUAAGUUCAACUUGGUUUUACUCCAUUUUAUUUAAAUUUUUUUAUUAUUUUUUUUUACAUUUACAUUAACAAACAAACAUAACAUUAAAAAUACAAAGAAAAAAAAACAUGUUUAUUUCACAUCAACUCACCUGGCAAUGCAACCCACAGAAUGUUGAGCCAGUACAGGCUCAAGGACUUAUAUUCAUACAAGUUUUUUUUCUUUUUUUUAUAUAUAUCAGUGCCAAGUUAUACUGGUAUAUCCAACAGUUUAAAUAAAUAAUAUGCAGCAUCUUGAUUACAAGCUGGCCCGUGUCUUUUCAAUGCAUUGUCAAAAUAGAUAAAAGACAAAUAAUUUUAAAAAGUCAAAAUUCAUUCUGCAAAGUAGCAUUUCCUUCAACCCAGACAUCUCACGAGUGGAAAAACUUUGCUUAAGGUUUUCAGACAUUUUGUACCAUUCAUUACAACUGUUUUUUUUGUUGUUGUUUUUUGUCUAUUUCACUUUAUAUUAGAUGAAGAUUGAAAAAGGAAGUAUCUAACACCCGAGUUAUCCCCCAGGCAUCAUUAGGCUUAGGCUAUCCAAAAGUCAUGGCCACCUCGUUGAUGCAAAUUUUAAAGCAAUAAGUAAAGGGCUUUAAACCAUGGAUGCAUUAAAUGACAGCACUAAAAGUCAAUCCCAGGAAUUGUGUCCUCAGCCAAAAUGUGACUUUAUGCAGCUCAUAAGAUGCUUGAUCUAAACAAGCAUAGUGCGAAUAAAUGAUCACGAAAAAGUUUGUUUUGUUUGCGCUGGGAUCAAGAGAUACUUCUGGGACCGCCGCUUUUAUUCAGCUUUGAUUCAGAGAUAUUUUAUGAGCACAAAAUCCCUUCUGAUCAUAGUUAGUCUUGAAUUGUGUUUCAGUACAAUCCUUCAAAAUAAAUAGAAGAUGGUUUCUUAGUGCUCUAAAUGUCAGUCUCUUUUAGGCCAUAGCAGUCUGCCAGAUCAUAGAACUGAUAACCACUCUGCUCACAGGAGUUGUAAAUCCCCAUAGAGACCGUGUCUACUACAUCAAUCCGUCCCACUGCAGGUGUGCUGCUUUUUCCUGCCCUUCCUUUGAUUUUAUUUGACAGGUUGUUAACUUUCUCUUUCAACUGAAAAGAGGACUUUUGUAGAGGUGGAAAGAGACUCCAUCUUUUGAAACCCAGUGAGCGCCCUUUCCCCUUGUGAAACAAAGGGCUGCCGAAGGAUUCGUGCACGGUGUAGCUGGGUUUGUAGUCUCCUGUCUGAUCCGUUGUCAUUCCUUUGACAGCUGUCCGCCACCUCUGGUCAUAAAAGCGCCGCAGGACUCUCUGUCUUCUGUGGCACUGGCACUUGAGGAGUCGGGUGAAAGCACGCUGGAACUCUUUGCUGGAGCAGGGGUAGAUCAUGGGGUUGAUGCAGCUGUUAAAGUAGCCGAGCCAGAAGAUCACCUUAAAGACAGUUUCAGAUGGCUUCAGCGCUGGGAAGAAGGCACCUGGAGGAAGAUAAAGAUGGUCAGUGAGUAAACUUUUAUGAACUUUUAGGACAGGAGUAUGCUCAAUUUGGUUAUUCAUGGUCGUUUUUACACAUUAAACUUGUAAAAUUAUAGCAGGGGUAACACUCUUUCAUAACAGUGUAUAUGUGUUUUUUCAGCCAUGAUGUAAAUUAAGUUUGGAUACUAAUGAGUUAUUAAUUUGAAAUCAUAAAAAAACAACAUGAAACUCUAGAUCUUCAUCUUUUCUCCCAACAGCUUGGUAAAUACAUUAAAAAACUGUGCAUGUACUGCUGUGUUAAGACAUUAGCAAUAGUGACACAUUUUUCAUCCCUCAGCAUCCACAGUACUGUUUUUGUGAUGAUAAAUUGUUCUGUAGUAGCUGUUUGGUUGUGUUUAUUUAUGAGAAAAUGAGAGUUUCUGACAUUUUGUAGACUUUUAUUUAUGAGGCAGUUUAUUGGGGAAACAAUAUCUCCAUGCACAAAACUUGUUUCAGUCCUUGCAAGUGGAGUAUGUGAUGUUUAAAAUGGUGCUAAGAGUUAAAUGAUACUCUGAGGGGUUGUUAAUGACACACAAAUCAACAUAUAAACACAUACUUGAAAUUACCAUUAGAUUUAACAUAGUGGAUGGAUUAUGACCUUGGUCUCGUUCAGGGAUUGCCAGAUUUAAGUAAAGCAGCUCUUUGGGGUGUGGCUUAAAGCCUCCUCUUUGUUAUUAGUAUUGGUAAAAUGGAGACCCAGCCUUAAACACCUUUUGCCAGUUUUUUAGGAUUAUGGCGUCCUAAGAUUGAGCAUUUAACCCUUUUUUGUAGGACUUUGUUUUGGCUAUUUAGAAAGUGAAAUAAAACCUGUUGAAGGCUUUUUAUAUUUACAGAUUAGUAAAAACUUAUAUCUGAGUUAAAAUACUUAUUUCUUCUGAUUUCAUGAAAGUUUUAAUAUUGCCUUAAGUGUUUUUUUUUUCCAUGGAUAUUGCCUCAUAACUUUUUAUGUGUCUUUGUGUCCACAGGCUUGGAUUUAACAGUGUUGACCCUGGACACAGAGGCAACAUAUCACAGUGCUAAUGUCAGUCCCUGGGCUCAGAAGUGUAUUUUAACUUGAUUUGGUUUGUAUAUUGUAGAGAGCUGUAGAAAAUGGCCUGUUUGUGACUCUAGAGGUGCUUUUAUGUAGUUUUGGCAUAAAUCCUUCUCACUGAUGCAAGCAGCAGAUUUGUGCUGUCCAUCAACUCUGUGACAAAAUCGAAUGAUAAGCAGAAUUCUCAAUUUACUUUUGACUUUUCUUCUUUAUUCUCAUAAAGAACAACAUUACUCAUCCCUUUUUGUUGAAAUGACUCAUAAACUCACCAGCUCUGGUUCAACUCGUUAAUGAUUAAUAAAGGGUAGAUUAAAGGCAGUGAUAGUUUCCAUUGAUUCUUCCUACCGAAAUGACAUCAUUUAGAAAUUGAACUGAGAUGGUGAAGUGAAAUGAUUCACCUCUCUGACGCAGUCCAACAACACCAUGGCAACAAGUCAUAUCAUUAAGCAGGGUUGCUGUUCCUUUGAGAUAACAGUCUCCUUUUAGGCCUGAGUUCAGCGAGAUGAUUGUCGUUUUAAUAUUUUCUUGGUUUUUCUAAAUUUACAUUGGCUCAUGUACAAGUCCUUGAGCCAAGACUAUGAGGACUUGUCCAAUUUCUCAGACUAAAUUUUGUAAUGGCUCUUUGGUGAGAGCCGAGAGAACCCUGAUCAGUUCUCAGCAUUUAACUUUACAUGCGAAGGUUAUCA